AUGGCGUCCACGGUAAAGCGCGAGGUGAAGCGCCGACGCGGCGCGGCGCGGCGCACGCUCGCGCGCGCGUGCGUGGGGGUGUGCGUGAGUGCGAUCGUCAUCGUCAUCGCGCGGCACCGCGAUGGGAUAGACGUCGAGGGCGCACUCGACGAGGGAGGGGGAGGAUGGAGACUCGAUCGGUUCGUCUUCGGUCGCGGCUCGGCGCGAGAGGUCGCGCCCGAGGUCGCGCGGGCGCCGGCGACGUACGAGACGCGAGACGCGUCGACCGGUUUCGCCCCGGAUGGGGGACCGCGCGAGUACGGAAACGUCCAUCGCGUGUCGUGCGGGAGCGACGCCGCGCUCACGGGGUUUAGAUUCGAUGUCCAGAGCGAUGGAGACGAGAAUAAAAGCGUUCGUAACGCGUACGCGUGCGUCGAGGCGAAGAACGAUGACGGAUUGGCGUUCGGUGGCGCGAACGACGCGCGAGAGACGACGCAAGGGCCCUCGGGAUCGAGGUGGCACGGAAGAGACUCUUACGACAACCUCAACGAACACGCGGUGGAUUGCCUCGACGCAUUUUUGUCGGGUUGGUAUCUCAAGCAGUGGAGCAAAUCGAUGUCGAUCGUGUACGAGUGCACGACGGGAAGAUCGACCCCGCGGCGCGACGCGUGCGAGACGCUCGAAUCCGCGAGCGUCGUCUUCGACGUCGAGGCUAUCAGCUCGUUGGCACCCGCGACGGUGUCUUGUCCCCAAGAGCACGCGCUCACUGCGUUCAAAUUUAACGGUAACGCUUUUGAGUUUACCUGUUGCCCCAGACCGCAGCUGUGA